GCGCGAAAUUUCUAUGGCGAUUUCUCUUGCAGAACUCUUUGCAUUACACUGAUUUAUUCAAUAUUUACUUCACCAAAAGUUGUAAAUUGUGUAUCGGAAUUGAGAGGAGAUCACAUUCUACUCGACUACGUACAUAUCAGGGUCAGGAUGGGGGACUCAGAUAUAGGUCAUGUACGUGGACCAGAGGCCAUCACUAUCACUGUUCUCAGAGCAAGGAAUCUGAGAGGGAACAAAGGUGAGACACUGAACAGUGUAGUGAAAGUCGAACACAUCGAUAAACAGCUUGGUGAGACACCCAAGGUUGAAUGCUCUCCAGAAAGCCCUGCAGAGUACAACUACAGCACACAGCUCAAUGCAACAUUUGAAGAUCCACUCUCAUUAGAUGAGUUUGCACACAGACCUGUGUUGUUAACUGUAGUUGAAGUUCUUGCCAAAGAGAAGAAACAGAAAGAAGAAAAGACAAUACAACUUGGACAAUGUACAGUAGAUCUCAUACACCUAGUAAAAGGUGAACUGAAGCGUAAAUACACACUUCAAAUCCACCCAUUACCUGGCUCCCCAUUAGAGAGUGUACCUGCCGAAAAUCCAAAGGCUGAACUUGAUGUUGUUGCCUUUGUUGGCGAGCCUUUGCUGACAGAACCCCAGCUUCAGGACUCCAAUCUUAUGUCAGUGAGUGUGGAAAGCAUGUAUUCUCCGCCCGAUGCUUGGAUGCCUUCAGGACCACAAUUCAUUUACACAGUUGCACUUCCUAUACCAAUCACAGGGGAGAAAGAAAACACAGUUGUUUUUCCUGCUGGAUCUUUAAAAAUGGCUGCCGAGAAAGAAUUCAUAUCUAAACAGAAGAGGUGGCCUAACACCACUAAUAUGCAAGGUGGAGCUGUGUAUAUACCAGAAAGUUGCCUUCCAACGGAUAACAUAGAAGAUGAGGAUGGUGAUCUAAGGAGUAGGGACGAGAGAGAACAUAGGUCUAUAGCUGAACAGGAGAAGAACAGAGUUGUAUGGAAUACUGAGCGUCGAUGUUUCUUAGAUCCACAGGCUGUUAAAAGCUUCCAAGAGAAGAUAGCAAAGAAUCGCUACUGGCCCGUAGAAGUAAUGAGAAUGGCAGUACCUACUGCUGGCAAGGGAAAGAAAGGAGCCAAUGAUGAUGAUGGGCACUUCAGUUUCCAUGGUGUCUGCUACAUAAACAUGGCACCAUUGCUGUAUCCAGGAGUGAAGAGAAUCAGAGGAGCUUACAAAGUCCAUGCAUUCUUAGAGCAUGAUGUCGCAGAGAAAACUAGCAGAAAAGGUGGUCUUGCUGAAGAAGCUGCUAAAAUCGCAAGUGGCAUUAUGUUUAGGAGCAGUAGCUCGCCAUUUCCUAAAAAGGGCAAGGAUGACGUCAAGGGGAAAGAUGCCAAAAAAGCUGCCUCUGCAAUGAUGAAGCCAGCAGACUCUGCCAGUGAAGCAGAUGGACAGCCUCAGAAUGUUGAAGGUCAACAAUACGUGGAGGCAAAGUCCUAUAUCAUGCUAGAAAUAGACCUAUUACAACCUUUAGUACAUAAACGCCCACCAGAGGAGCUUGCACAGAGAGUUGCUGAAUACAUACCACCAAGACCACUCUUCCCAAAGCGUACCAAUGGCGCAGAAAAGGCAGUGGAAGAUUAUCACAAUCAGAUAGCUUCAGUUGCAGAUCUGGUCUUAGAGGAAUUCAGGGAAUCAUUUGGUGAUGAACUUAGGGCAGGUAAUGCCCCACUGACAACUGACUCAAUGGAGGCAAGACGCCAAGGGCUCCUGUACUCUCUCAAUGCAAGUGGUAAAUAUUUUGCAUUCAAAGAGAGGCUGAAACAUUCAGUCGUCAAGAUAGUUCGUGAAAAAUAUCUUAGAACGACAAGCUUUGAAGACAAAGAUCAACUACAGGCUUUCCUGAGUGAGUUAUAUGUCUACCUGGUGGAUCAGAUGCAUGUUGGUCUUGGGAAGGUGUUGUCUAUAGAAGACCAGACUCCAGUACCAGAGCCACUCACUGACUCUGCUCAACUUAAACACUUUGCCAGGGAAGCUGAAGUGAAUGAAAACUUUGAACUUGCUGCCAAAUAUUAUCAAGAGAGAAUUGCUAGGACGAGGAAUGAUCCGGAACAUUGGUUUGACUAUGGUACAUUCUGUUUGUAUAUCAAUGACAUCACAAAGGCAGAGGAAUGCUUUAAGGAAUGUGUCUCCAUCAACCAAAAACAUCUUAAUGGUUUACUGCUGUAUGGUGUUGUCUGUGCAAUGCAGGAUCAAAACGAGGCUGCGGAGACAUUCUUUGAGGCAGCAACGUGCGUUGACCCCCAGUGUAUUCUAGCUUGGGUGAUGCUUGGUUUAUUCUAUGAUGGAGUUUGUAAUGAGAUUGGUGCAGAGAUGGCUUUCCUAGAAGCAAACAAACUAAAUGUACAGGUCACUAGACAGUUGAUGGAAGAUGAGAAACAGAAGGAGAGAGAAUUACAUGAGAAAGAAGAGGACAAGCUACUAAUGGAUGCUGCAAGAGAUGCCCAUGGUGAUGCUUUAGCUGUUCCAUCAGUUAAGAACACCCCUGCCACUCCCAGUGGGUUAGAAUCAAAACAGAAUUCCAUGACCAGCAAAUCACAGAUGCUAAAGAAGGGACAACAGAAAAAACCUGGAGUCUCAUCAUCUCAGAACAAAAGCAUGGAAAGUGUUGCAUCUAUGAGGCCUGGUAGUCAGACAAGAGGCUCACAAAGGGGUACACCUAUGCCUGAGCCAGAAGAGAUUGAUGAACCUCCCCCACGAGAGCCCACUCCAGUGCCAACCAGUACUGUCUUCAUGCAAGCUAUUGAGUGGCUCCUGGAGGUCAAGGCAAUGCCAUUUACCGAGAGGGCACUGGCGCAUGAACUUUUAGAGCCAAAUGGUGGACCAGGCGCCAUCUAUCAUAUAGCCUAUGCGAGGUUGAAGCUACAGAAGAAAGAAAUGGAAGAAGCCGAAUUGAGCCUUAAAGAAGCAUUACAGUUUGAUCACCAGAACCCGGAUGCAUGGGCAAUUAUGGGACAUGUGAAGUAUCUGGUUGGAGACUCUAUGGCAGCUAAGGACUGCUAUGAAAGAACAUUAUCAUUCAUCGGGGACGCCUCAGAGAUGCACUCCAUCUAUCUGCGCCUUGCAUCAAUUUAUCUACAGGAAGGAAAGUUCCAAGAGGCCAAGAACUGUUUCCUUAUGGCAUGUAAGAAAUCUCCGUCUUGUGUGUCAUGGGUUGGGGUUGGAAUUGCAUGUUACAGGCUUGGUGAAUUGUCUGAGGCAGAAGAUGCCUUAUCUGAGGCUAAUAUUCUCAACAACAGUGACCCUGAGGUGUGGGGGUACCUCUCUCUGGUCUGUCUCAAGACUAACAGGCAGUUAGAAGCUGAACAAGCAUACAAAUAUGCCCUUAAGGUUAACUUAGUUGAUGAAGAGUUGCUCGGGGAAAUACAUGGUGUCCAACAGGAGGUGGGAUUUGGAAAUCCUGAAAUGUAAAAUACAGACUCUCUCCAACAAUUGGAAUCAUCGUUCUACAAUUUGACCAGAUUAGUUAGAAAAACAAAACAUUUUUAGCUAAGUGCUAUGAUGUGAUGAGAACUCUUCUUCAUGACAAGGGGUUCCGUAUUUUCUAAAUGGGAGUACAGGAGUGUCAAAGUGUGCUACUAUUGAUGAUCAAAAUUAUUUCUCCUUAAGCCUCAAAUUUUAUCUCAUAUAAAGUCAUUAAUUCACUAAAUAGCCAAUUUUUUCGCGAAUUACAAAAAAACAGAAAUUCACUUGUUUUAAAAGUACAGCUGAAGAAUAGCAGUUAUGUAAGACUGGACACUGUCUGACAGUAACAGUUUGUCUUACUGUAAUAUAUUACUGGUGAAUUUAAGUUUUUAAUAUUUCAGUUUAUUGAAAGAUGUCUCUGUAAGCACGUAUUGAGAAGCACGUCAGUGUGGAUAUUUAUAAUUUUGGACCCAUUUGCAAAAUUAUAGGGUGACAGCAAGGAGGAUUGGAUCCCAGAAUG